GCUCGAUACGACCGGCCAGCUAGAUUCUCAGUUGCAUAGCUCGGUGGUCUCGAGAAUCCGAAGGCGUAAGACAUACACACGUCCAUGGCAAAUCGAUCGUUCGCCAUGGACAGGGAGAUGUUCCGGACUGUGAAGCAGGCGACGCUGAACCACGCCAGGCUGCUGUACCACCGCCUCGUCAGCCGCCUGCCGCACCUCCUCGCCAUCACCUUCCUCGUCGCCGUGGCCCCGCUCGUGUCCACGCCGUCGCUCGCCGGCGUCCGGAACCUGUGGCACGAGGCGCGCGCCAACAAGGCCGCGGUCGUCGCGGUGGCCGCGGCGAGCGCGGCCGCGGCGUACGCGUACGCCAUGUCGCGACUGCGGCCCGUGUACCUGGUGGACCUGGCGGGGUACAAGCCCGGGCGCGCGCACGAGAGGACCCGCGCCAAGUCCAUCGGCCACUUCGCGCUGGCCGGGAGGUUCACGGAGGAGAGCAUCGCGUUCCAGACGCGGAUGCUGGAGCGGGCGGGGGUCGGCGAGGCCACGCACUUCCCGGCGUCGCUACUCCGCGUCCCCGUCGACAUGUGCCUCCGCACGGCGAGGGAGGAGUCCGAGACCGUCAUCUUCGGCGUCGUUGACGACCUGCUGGCCAGGACCGGGGUCCACCCCGAGAACAUCGGCGUCGUCAUCGUCAACUCCAGCCUCUACAGCCCCACGCCGUCCUUCACGUCGCUGGUCGUGAACCGGUACGGCCUGCGCCACGACGUCGUCAGCCACAACCUCAGCGGCAUGGGAUGCAGCGCCGGCAUCAUCGCCAUUGACCUCGCCAGGCACCUGCUUCAGGUGCACCCUGACACGUACGCGCUGGUGGUGAGCACGGAGAACAUCACCCUGAACGCCUACUUAGGCAACCACCGCCCGAUGCUGGUGACCAACACGCUGUUCCGAAUGGGCGGCGCGGCCGUGCUCCUCUCCAACCGACGCGCCGACCGCCACCUUGCCAAGUACCAGCUGGUGCACACGGUGCGCACGCACCGCGGCGCGAGCGACCAGAGCUACGGCUGCGUGACGCAGGAGGAGGACGACGAGGGCCACGUCGGCGUCUCCCUCUCCAAGGAGCUCAUGUCCGUGGCCGGCGAGGCGCUGAAAACCAACAUCACGACGCUGGGCCCGCUGGUGCUGCCGCUGUCGGAGCAGCUCUGGUUCCUGGGCACCGUCGUGCUCAAACGCGUGUUCCGCGCCGACGUGAAGCCGUACCUGCCGGACUUCAAGCUGGCACUGGAGCACUUCUGCAUCCACGCGGGCGGGCGCGGCGUGCUGGACGAGCUGGAGAAGAGCCUCAAGCUCAGCGCCUGGCACAUGGAGCCGUCGCGGAUGACGCUCUACAGGUUCGGGAACACGUCCAGCAGCUCGCUCUGGUACGAGCUCGCCUACUGCGAGGCCAAGGGCAGGAUCAAGAAGGGGGACCGCGUGUGGCAGAUCGCCUUCGGCUCCGGGUUCAAGUGCAACAGCGCCGUGUGGAAGGCGCUCAGGACGGUUGACGACGCCGGGGAGAGCAACCCGUGGGCCAGCGAUCUCGACGCGCUGCCGGUGCAUGUGCCCAAGGUGGCGCCCUUCGCAUCCGACGAGGCGCCCAAGCACGGACAGGCUGCCUAGCUUGUACCACUUCUACAGUCUCGAAGCAGAGAACCAAGCGUGCGGGCGCACUUCCAUUGUGUGGUCUGGCCGGCUUAUACAUGCUAAGGGCAUUUCUUAUAGCAUACUACUAGAGUGUAAAUCUUGAUGGAUAAUGAGCUGGAUAGCAUUGUUGUGUGUCGUUGGAUGAAGAUCAUGGAAGGUUUGGUCCUAUGCAAUACAUGGUAUAUGCAUGUCCAGAGCAAUACAAGUUCGUACAAGAGAAUGUAAUAAAAGUCUAAAAGAGAAUA